AUGGGGAAGACACAACUCUUUGGUGGGAUAAUUGGGCUCCUGGGGGUCCUCUAUGUACAAGCUAAUCUACCAGCCCCAGCAUCUUCUUCAAGGGACACAAAGAAAUGGAUCCCCUUUCCUACUGGUUUGUACUCAUUCAGUCACACUGUCUCUCAUUUGGUGGGGGACCUUCCCACUGUCCCAUGGCACAACCUAGUCUGGAACUCUCCUUCAAUUCCCAGAAUGAAGUUCAUACUUUGGUCAGCAGUUCAAUCUAAACUGCCAACUCUUGACAGCAAGUCAAUGUCCAAGCACAUCAAUAUUUGCCCCCUCUGCAGUGAGUCCAUGGAAUCUCAUGAUCACAUUUUCUUAAAUUGCUCUUUUGUCUCUCCAUUGUGGCGUUUCAUCAAAUACAAGUGCAGCAUGUUUACAGCCUUAAGAAGUUGGGAAGCUCUAGUUCGGUGGGCAAGUGCCAAAUGGAAAGCUAAGAAUUCAGGUAAUCUACUCAGAAAAUUGGGGCUUUUAGUGUUAGUGUACCAUACCUGGGAGGAGAGAAAUGCUAGGAUUUUCAGAGGGAAGAAGGCUUCCCAGAGAGCUGUAUGUGCCAAGAUUUGCUCAACCAUUUUUGCAAUUCUAAAAUUGGGGUGCUUUCGUGACUGUGCCUCAUCAAGAUCCAUUCUCAAGGAUUGGAACAUUUCGCCGUCUUGUUGCCGUUCUCCUCUAAGGCCACCGGAUUGA